CGCGGACAGUAUAGAGUCUCUUUACUAAACUAGGUAAAUCAUAUAAUUAUGUGGUAGUCUCAUAUUAUAAUAUGAGACUGAUUGUAUGAUACGGAUUGAAACAAUCAUCAGGUCUGUCUUUCAUCCAUCUACACUCCCAAGCACAAAGGCUCUAAAACAACGCAAACGCCGGCUCGCCCGCAGUCCAGCCACAAAUAAAAUCAUGAGAGUUUAUAGUACCUACUCAAUAGAGUCUGAAUCUUCAAUUACAAUCCAAACUAAAUUUUCAUUUCUUCCAAUCGAAGUGGAACAAUUGGAUCAUUGAAGGGUUUCGCAAGCGGUCAAUUCCGGCUUGUUUCGAAUAGCCGCGGGAAACAACAACAGGACUGACUACCACUUUUCUUCUAUGCAUGAAAAGAGUCAAAUGGAUUGAAACCCUAACUUAUAUGUUGAUGAAGAAAGACAUUUCCAAUUUUCUUUACCAGCAUGAUGAUUUGCACCAGAGUUUCCACCAUUUCUAGGUUAUUAGGCCUAAGACUGAAUCAAAAUGCGGUUGCCAGGAGAGCAUUCGCAGCUUCGACUUCUCUAAGAGCCAAUACACUGAUGGAAACAAGUGGGUUUUCAGACACACAAUUGGAGGUUCGAGAAGCCAUUGCCAAAAUUUGCUCAAAAUAUCCUGAUGAAUACUGGGCAAAGCGUGAUGAAACCGGGGAAUAUCCUCAUGAUUUACAUCGAGAUCUAGCAAAGGGUGGAUGGAUCGGCAUUGCCCUUCCUGAAGAACUUGGAGGAUCGGGUCUUGGAAUCUCAGAAGCGACGAUGCUUUUGCAGACCAUAUCUGAGAGCGGUGGAGGCAUGGCUGGUGCCCAAAGUAUACAUGCAAACGUUUAUGCUACCCAGCCUGUCGCUAAAUUCGCGACGGCCUCGCAACGUCAAAGAAUGUUGCCCAAGUUGAUCGAUGGUACCUGGCGAGCGUGUUUUGGAGUCACCGAACCCAACACUGGUUUGGACACUCUCAAGCUCAGAACCCGGGCUACGCGUGAAGGCGACACUUACAAAAUAUCGGGUCAAAAAAUAUGGAUUUCCUCAGCACAGGUCGCAACAAAGAUGGUGUUGUUGGCUAGAACUACUCCAUUGGAAGAAGUGACAAAGCCUUCCGAAGGUUUAUCCCUUUUCUUCAUCGAUUUCGAUCCUAAACAGCCUGGUCUCGAACUCAAGGAAAUUAAAAAGAUGGGUGGGCGUGCUAUUGAUGCAAACGAAGUUUUCUUCGACAACUACACUGUUGAUAGUGAUUCAUUAAUCGGCAAAGAAGGGCAAGGUUUCAAAAUCGUACUCCAUGGCAUGAACGCUGAGCGAUGUCUAUUGGCAGGCGAAGCACUAGGUCUCGGGUAUGCUGCCCUGCACCGGGCUUCCCAGUAUGCAAAAGAAAGAAUCGUUUUCGGCCGGCCUAUAGGUAUGAAUCAAGGUAUUCAGCAUCCAUUGGCCGAUGCAUACAUGCACCUCGAAGCCGCAAAGUUGGCAACUUAUCAUGCUGCGAAAUUGUAUGAUAGCUCGACGACGGAUGAGACAAUAACCCAAGCAUCUGUUGGUGUUGCGUGCAACAGUGCAAAGUAUCUAGCAGCUGAAGCAGCCUUUACUGCCUGUGAAAGGAGCGUGUUAAGUUUGGGCGGCAUGGGCUAUGCCCAGGAAUAUCACGUUGAGAGAUACUUGAGAGAGUGUUUUGUUCCAAGAAUUGCACCAGUUUCGAGGGAAAUGAUCAUGAAUUAUGUUGGAGAGAAGGUUCUUGGACUGCCUAGAAGUUACUGAAAAGUAUAGUUAUGUAGUAAUGUAUGAGAGAGUUUGAUUGUAGGAUAUGAAUUGGAAUAUUGAUAUAAACUGGAAGUAAUCAUAUCAAUUGGGACAAUCAUAUCAAUCUAUUGGGAUAGUGAUAUCAGUUGGGACAAUCAUAUUAUUUGAGGUAUUGAUUCUAGCUUAGAUGUCGAUAUCAAUUAUCAAUUGGAGAAAUUAUUUCAAUCAAGGUGAGUGAUCACAUCAGUUGAUUUAUCGAUAUACGUUGGAAUAAUUCUAGAAUCAUAAGGCUUUGGGGGGCAGAGGUCAUAAGGGGUUUCUUACUUAUAUUUGAACUCUCACUCCCACUCCCACUCCUACGCACAAGGACUCUAGAGCAAUGGGUGCAAUGGGUGCCUCCAAUACUGGGCCAAAUCAUAUGGUGAUAUGGUGGGUUAUAUGAUGAUAUAC